AUGGGGAUAACCACGAGCCAGCCGAGACCGACGCCGAGGAGUGCGAGCGGGCUAAACAUCGACCCGCGGCUCCCGCGUCUGGUGUUGGGCCUGUGGGUCUUCACCAUCCUCGUGUUCGUCCUGGGCAUCUCCCGCGUAGCGCCCGUCGCGCCCGGGGAGUCGCGCAAGCUGGUGGAGUGGGCGUACCUGGGGUUCCUGUUCCGCCACAUCAACCCGUACCUGUUCACGGCGUUUGGCAUAGGGAGCGCCAUAGGACUGUCCGUCCUCGGAGCGGCGUGGGGUAUUUUCAUCACGGGGAGCACGCUGGCGGGCAGGGCGAUCGCCACUCCGCGCAUCACCAGCAAGAAUCUCAUAUCCAUCAUCUUCUGCGAGGCGGUCGCCAUCUACGGAGUCAUCAUGGCGAUCAUCCUCCAGACCAAAAUCGAGUACGUGCCUCGCAACGCAGAUGGCUCCUACCCGCAGAGCGUGAUGACCAGUGGAUACGCCACGUUCGCGUGCGGGCUGACCGUGGGACUUGCCAACUUGGCGUGCGGAAUAUGCGUCGGCAUCGUGGGAAGCGCGUGCGCGUUGGCUGACGCCGCUAACCCGGCGCUCUUUGUCAAGAUUCUCAUCAUUGAGAUCUUCGGAAGCGCGCUGGGACUCUUUGGGGUCAUAGUCGGCAUCAUCAUGUCCGCGAAUGUGGACUUUAAGGGGCAGUGA